GAAAAUAACUUAAACGUUUUAAGACGUACACUCGAGAUUAGCCAACACAAUUUAUAUUGAUUUGUAUUUUAUAAAACAACAAUCAUAUAUUUUUCAAAAAACAAAUUACAAUUAUUACAUUGGUUUAGAAUCGUUUUGAAACCCGUAGCUCGUCCGUGAAAAUAUAAUAUAUAAAAUGCCAAUAUUACAAAUUGACACAAAUGUUCAGCCUUCGAAAAUACCGUCAGAUUUUGGAAUUAAAACGGCUGAAUUAAUGGCAGACAUGUUUAGUACACCAAAAAACUUUUCCGUAGUGCACGUAAACGCUAAUCAAAAUAUUUAUUGGCACGGCGUGGAUGGCUGUUGCGUCUUGGGAACGUUGAAGAUAGUGGGCGGUUCGGGGAAAAUAACUCCCGAACAAAAUGUAAAGCACGCUCAAGUACUGGUAAAGCACAUUGUAGAUUACUUCAAAAUACCAGACAAAAACAUAUCAAUAUCAUUUGUCGAACAGGAAGCGAGCAACGUAACAGUAUUCAGCACUACUGUCUUAGCGUUUUUACAAAAUUAACAAUAUAAUUAAUUUACUGUACAACAAAGUAUUUUACAUAUUAGUUUAAUUUCAUUUUUUUUUUUUAACCAUUUAAAAAAAAUCAACUGCUCUAGAACGUUUUGCAACAUUGAUGUUCAAUAAAUUAUCGGUCAAGUUUUUAGGUACAUCAUAUUGUUUCUUUUCGCUUGUGGGUGUAGAUUUUUUCAAAUCACUUUUCAACUGUGAAAUAGCUGGUGAUCGAGUGGGCGUCGAUUGUGGCGAUGGGCUGUAAGACGCUCUCAAUGCAAAAUCUCUUCUUCUAUCACUGCUUAAACGGUUAGAUACUAAACGUUGUGCAGCCGGUGACAUGGUAUUCAAUCUGUCCAAUGGACUUGUCAUUA